UCCGCAUUUGCUACGGCCGCCGCUCUGCUGUCUCCGUGUCCGUGAUCCUGUCAAUGCGUCUUGCGGCGUCAUUUGUGAAGUGAUGAGUCGAAGUUGUUGAAGUUCCUCUUAGAAUCAGCCUUCAUCGCAGUUCGUCUAAAGCGUUGCCGUGAUUCCGAACGGCUUACUGGCACAGCGAUGAAAUCGAACGGGAGCAACCGAGGAGCCCUGCGGCCACACUACGGCGGACGUGCACCUCCUUUCUUGCUUGCAGCUCUAAUCGGGCUUGUGCUGAUCGGAUUCUGUUACUACAACUUGUCCUCGCAGUACAGUGCCUUGGAGGUGCAAUACCGAGACUUGCAAGAGCGACUGAGGGCCAUGGCGGAAAAGCGCGAGUCCCUGGAAACCCGUCACGACGAGCUCAAGAAGACGCUCGAGGACAACUCCAAGUCGCUAGACGAAAAGGACAAGCAGCUAUUGCAAAAGGAGCAAGAAAGAGCCGCCGUCGAAGCCGCGCUUCGCAAGAAAGAGGACGAGCUGAUGACAAAGUCUCGUGAAGCCGACACAGCUGCCAAGGCGCUGACUGGAUGCCUGCAGAGGUUGAACGAGACAUCGUCAAAGUUGUCUGAGAAAGAAACAUCGCUGGCAAAGCUCACCAGUGAAGUCGAUGCCCUGAAGGCAGCUGUCAGGGAUGCUGAAAGAAAAGCUACAGCUGGUGUACACCUCACAAUCCAAAAGACAGCAGCUCCUGACAUAAAUCACAAUCUGGUCAAGGAGUCACCGUUGCCUGCAAAGAAGGAAGAGACAGCGAAGGAAGUUGCAAAUUCACUACAAGAUGUGCAACAAGAUCCUGAUGUGAAUCCACCAGUGGAUGCUGGCCAAUAGAGAGUAGGAAGACCUCAGCGGGUGUUGAAUGGAAUCUCCAUAAAACUUCCCUGACAAGAGAAUCGAAGGUGAAUGGCGUAAGUGCAGAGCGUCCAGGAUGGCACAAUUGCGCCGUCUCUUCGAUCACUCAUUUACCACUGCUCGCCAUAAUGCUAUCAUGGUGAGGUGAACCUCACAGAUCUUCAUUAUUUUUAUCUGGUUCCGUUCAGAGCCUUGUGCAUUAGGUUACUGUGACCUGUUGGAGCAGGUUCGUCAUUGUAGUUGAAAUUAUCGAUGCUACUUCAAGGCUCACAACCCAGUUCACUGAUUUACUGUGUAUGUAUAUUGCCCAUCAUUAUGGCAGUGCUUCCAAUCUCAGCCUAAUCAGGUGUGUAAACAUUUUAGAUUAUUUCCUUGUUUGCCACGUUUGAGCUACACUGCCGGUGUGAAAUGGAUUAUCAUUCCGAGAAUAGUACAUUGAAUAUAUAUUUCUUCUUCUUUAGUUUUGAACCUCAUUAUAGAAAAGCAGCAUAUGUAGCGAAAAGGGCAUUACGUACCUGCCAACUCUCACGAAUUGUCCGGGAGACUCCGGAAUUCGGACCUAAUCUCCCUUUUGUAUGAAUGCCACCUCGAAUCUCCCGAAAAGUAUCUACCACAGGAGAGAUUUUUUUUUUUCUCUUUUUUUUUUUUUAAGAAUAUGCGCAUACGUCAGCCUUUCCUCUGUGGCAGUGGCAGUGCUGCAGAAAAAGACUCGCUGCUACACUUCCAGUUUUUCAUUGUAACCAUAUGGUAGAGUACCACUGAGUACAUUCUACUAUAGGCACCGUGCAUCUGGGCUAUAGUGAACUAUAUCCGGGCGAGGUCUGGCCCACGAGAAGCGCUCGCCACCACGCUCACCACCAGAAGACGAGGGAAAAAGUGCAGUUUCGUUGGAAAAAGAUUGCCAAAAAGUGAAUGACUUUCAAUUUCUCGACUCUUCAGAGAUUACCAUUGGAUGCCAAAUCAAGCACCAAAGACAUUUACUUGAAUUUACCUCAAAUUGCAGCCUCAUUACUCAGGUCCAUUCAGAGCCUGUCUAUGCAAUUAUUUGGGCCUACUUGCAGCCGUGCCUCUCGCUACUAGAACCAGCAGAUGUUGACGUUGAAAAGUUCAGCAUAUGUCGUGUGUCUGAUGCACUCUGUAAUGUUUCUGUUCCUCUGUGGUACAGGUCAUUUUUGCUGUGAAUUGAGUCCGCUCAUGGUUGUAAGCAAUUUUAUUAAACAGUCAGCAUAUUGAUUAGUAAGUGAAUUGAAUGGCAUUUCAAAGGAGUGUAGGCACCAAAAUUUCUUGACCAAGAUUUCAAAAACUUCUGCGAAGAAGUGGAAAACAUCCGUGUGACGCCAUGAAUUUCGCGUAACAGCGAUGUGAUGUAGUGUGUCUAAGCUGUUACAUCAGUAAGCAGACGCACUGUCUGCCAUACUUCACACGGUGCUUCCACUUUGCUGCACCCGUAUUACAAAAUGCACAUGUGCGUCUCCCAGCACCAAGACCAUGUCGGCACUGUUGUCGGAUGAAUCUGACCAUGAGCUUCUGCCCAGACAAAAGCAAAUAGAGAUGGAUAAUGAAUGUGUUUUUUAUCCCUUGGCAUCGGAUGCUGGAAUGUUCUCAUGAGAGUGGUCGCUGUAGUUCAGCUGUGAUACGUAUUACCUAAAAAUUGUCAAUCAAAUUUGCCAUACACAUAUGUCUGGUGUCACACUUGUUGCACCUGUUCUGACAGUAUAUUGAUGGGUAUCGCAAGAUGUGUGGAAAGGGUGCCACGUUUCGUUUCCAGAUGUCGAAAUUCAGGUAAAUUAGCCUUAAUUACUUUGUUCUGCCAAAAUUCGUCACGGCAUUUCUUGCUAGCAUGCGGAGCUCAUACUACAGCCAUUUUUGUGUCGGGAUACCAUCCAAAUUAGUUGUUCACACUCCUUUGAAAUAAUCUUUCGCAAUUUAUGGCUCCAACAAUAGAAUCUUUCAAGAUUUUAGUUUGGCAGGUAUGCAGGGUAAAAGACAUGUUAACGUCAAAAUUUCACAUUUAAAACUGCUUUGUCGUAGAUACAAAAAUAUUCAGGCAACAGUCAUAAUGACCAUAACCCAAAUUUUCAAAUGCGAAGCUGUCUAAAGUUUCAGUAGUGAGUUUGUGCAUGUGUAAGUGCUCAAUUGCUUGAACGCUUUAGUCCUCAAAUAAGUGCCACUGCUUGAUGUAAUGAGGUUCACUUUGUAUUCCUGUGCGUAUCAGAAUCUCACCUCGUGUAUAAUCUCAUCUGUCUACAUAUUUGAAUGCAGUUAUUGCGGUGUUGAUGCAGUGUGAAGUGUUCUUUUGUAUGCUUUCCAUCUUUUUUAUGAUGGUUAUGUGUGAUGUUUUUUUCUGUUUUAAGUGUCACAAAAUUUACAGCCAUCUGCACUGUAUCUGUGCAACCCAUAAUGAAAUUACCGUAUUGCUUUUAUUUUAUUUAUUCAAAAUGCUUGUUACAACUAUUGUGCUACACAUUGAAUUUGCGGGUUUUUUUUAUUACGUUUUGUCACAUUUGCCAGUGUUUAGUGCAUUUUUUAAAAGAUUAAUGGUAAUCUAAGAGCUGUGUCAGAGAAUUGCUGUUCUGCAUUCUGCGAAAAAUAUAUAGGAGUCGCUGUUACCGUAAUAAAGGUUAACAAACGAGAAAGGUGCAAAAACAAGAGAUGGUUGGAAAAACAACACCUUCGGGUUUCCUACACCACCAAGUUGUGACGUCAUGGCCUUCCACUGUGUUUCAUUAUACAUAAGUGAUUUUGGUUUUCAGUGAUGAUGACGCCUUUUUCGUAUUUCCACUUUUGCACAUAUAUCGCUCAUUUUGUUGGAAGUGAUGAAUGAGGUUUUCUUUCGUUUAAAUUUUAAUUAUGCAUUCUGCUUAAAAGAGCCAUUGAUUAAGCAAGUUUUAGGAAUAUUCGCUGAAACACUACGUACUGCCAAAAUGGCAAGAAAAACAACAACACAUGAAAACUUAUUGCAUCAUAUUUACGUACCAGGGCUAGGGCAUUUGCACAAAAUGAAAAAAAAAAAAAUAAUAGGGGAGGAAAUUUGGGCUUUAUGUACUGAGAGUCAAUGUCUUGCCACAAGAUUGUCAGAAAAUAGAAUUUCGCAAAAGAAAACAAAAGAGAUUCAGUGCUUCUCAUCGUGUGAUACACUGUCGUUAUCUUUUCUCAGUAUUCUCAGCAACAUUUUCAGUUGCGUUGCAAUGCAAUCAUAAAAACGCACAUUCCUGUAAGUGGAACUGUUACGUUUGUGAUCGUCGUUUUUAUUUUUUUCACUUUACACAUACACUUGCUUUUCAGAGUGGAGUGAUAGCAAAGCACUCCAAAGUGUUACAGAAACACCGUGCAGUAUACACUUGGGUCUAACUAAUCUUGCUCUUCUGCUUGUCGAAACUUGCCCAUUACCUUUUUUUAUCUGCAAGUCUUUUCAAACUUUGUUUCCUGCAUUUAUAUAAACUUCCAUUUGGUAAUCAAUUGGAGUAUAGAUUGUGUGAUGAGAGUUUGGCAUGUAACUAUACGUUUUUAUAGGUCGCAGGGAGCAAUAGGGGCUACCUGAACUUCCGUGCUGGUUUGUGUUGUUUACCGUUUGCUUCAUAUGUGUUUAGAAAAAAUACGCAAUUUCUUUAUUUUGAAGACAAGAGCCUACUAUUGUAAUCAGGUCAGAUUGUAAGCUUUUUUUUACACCAAAUACCAUGCAUUAUGAAGUCUGGCCUGCUUAGCAAAAUACAUUGUUUUAAGUCAUUACAUUUAUGCUGCCAGCAGUAGAUUCAGGCUCUUUGGUUGAACAGAACUAGAACACAAAAGUACAACAUUCUCACUGUUCUUACUUCCUUGUUUGACUUUUACACUGUUAGUACUAAUUCUUUUAUACUGUUUUCAUUUUCUUUGUGCGCUCACAGGUGAAACAGUUGUGACCUUUUUAUUUUAACUACUAUUAAUACUACUAUUUGUUUUCUGUCUAGGGACUUCUUUGCACUUUAGUAGUUGGUGUUAUAAGAGCAAAUACGGUAAUACUGAUGGUAAGAAGCAGUGGCCGUCAGCCAAUUAACGAGCUUUUCUCUUGCGAGGCUGUAUUCAGCUGGCAUCUCUCAAAAGAGGAGAAGUGGAAGCUAUCAUUCCAGAAUACAGCCAUGGCUAUUCAGUCAUGUAAAAGUGUCA